AUGUAAUAAAAAGAACCUAAAAUUUGUAAAAAGUGUAAAACCAACAAUCCAAACAUUAUCAUAUAAAAAGAUCCUGUUUGUAAGGAAUGCUUUAUCGGAUAUGUUGAACAUAUGUUUAAAAUGUCUUUAAGACUUAAAUGUAAUAUAACUUAGAAAAAUGAAAAAUUAUUAGUUUGUUUCUCUGGAGGAUAGUAUUAGUUUAUUUAAUUAUAAGAAAUUCAACAGCUUUAGUCAAAAUGGCUAGUGAUGUUGUACAUUCAACUUGUGCUCAUAACAAAAGCAAAAUGUUUAUUGAAGUUCAUGUUUUGUACAUAAAUGAAAGUUUUAUUAUGAAAGAAUUUAUAUAAGAAUAUGUAAUUAUACUUAUGAACAUUUAAGCAACCCUAAGAUUACACUAAUUUUGUAACUAAUGAGUGCAAAUUACCAUUCCAAAUUGUUGAUAUUCAAUCCAUAUACCCAGAUCCUUAUAUUAUUCUUAAAUAGCUUCAUAAUUUAUCAGAAUUCGGAUCAGCAAGAGAAGAUUUUGUUCGUUUAAUCAAAUAACAUAUCAUAUAUGAUUAUGCAAUUAAAAAUGGAUAUUAAAAUGUAAAUCUAAAUUAAUAACUUAGGUAUGCUUUGGUUAAAAUGGAUAAAGAUUAGCAGCUGAUUUAUUUUCUUAAUUAUCCAAAGGAAGAGGACUUAGUUUACAAUCAGCCACCAAAUAUAAUUUCUCAUUUAUCUACCCUCUCAACUAAUAAAAAUUAUAAAUUUUACAUCCACUUAAAGAAUUACUCAAUAAAGAUAUAUUGUAUUAUUUGAGGUUAAAAUCAAACAUAAAUUUUCCAAAUUUUAUUUUAGGAUAACAUUUAAGCAAUAAUGUUAAAAAUGUAAUAUUAUAAGGUUAAUAAUUAGAAACCAGCUCAUGGUAAUAUUGAUCACUUGCUUGAAUAAUUUAUUGAUAAAUUAUAAGAAGGCUUCCCCUCAACAACCUUUACUGUUUUGAGCUCAGCAGAAAAAAUAACUCUAAAACCACUUUAAUAGCAAAACUAUUGUCCCUUAUGCUUAGAAAUUAGAGAUUAAGUUUAUAAUCGUCUUGAAGUUGAAACAUUAGAUAAUUCUAAUUAAGUAAGAAUAUUUAAUAAUAUCUUAGUAAUUGAUAAAUUAUUUAAGAGCAAACACAAAAUAUUAUAAUAAAAUUUGUUUUACCUGUAAUAGAAUGUUGUAAUCAGCUCAAGAAUAAGAAAACUUUUAUAAUUUAGUAGGAUUUCCACCAUUAAUUGUCCAAAUUGCUGAUUUGAUUUAAUGA